AUGGAGGAGCUUCCACAAGAGCUUCUCGACGCGAUUCUCGACCAGAUACACGACCGCAACACCCUAAGGGCAUGCUGUCUCUCUGCCUCUUGCCUUCGCCUCCGUUCCCAACAACGACUUUUCCGCUCAAUGCGAAUUCCACGCGCGCGACGGCCCCAUCGCCAGCACAAACGACAACAACGCAGAAUUAUUGCCUCAAUAUUCGCCGAGUCCCCACAUCUUGCUCAAUACGUUCGAGACCUCACCGUAGAGCUUGCCGUCGAGGAAGCCGAGUCCGCUGAACUGAAUGUGAUCCUUUCCGCAGUCAGGAAUCUGCGUGGCUUGGCGGUCAACGGACAAUACACGGACUGGAGCAACAUCGCAGCUGGGACGACAGGACGGAUUGUGGAGUGCUUGAAGCUUCCCUCGCUGCAGCAGGUGCGAUGGCAGCUGCUUAUUUGUGUUCCAGUCGCGGUUGUGCAGUUGUUGCUUGCUGUGCCCAUCGUUUCACUCGACAUUGUCCAUAUGCUCUGCGAUACCGACAUUCAGCCCCAUAUGACCCCUCUACAUCUCAGAGAUUUGAGCUUUAUGCGUGAUGGAGGCACCAUAUCCCGGUUUCUCCUCCAGUAUCAGCACUAUCUGGUCCAUCUGAAACGAAUGGAGGUGCGGACAGAGGAGUACGACGAGCAAGCUACGCUUUUACAAGCUUGUUCUCCGACACUGGAAACACUGGCGAUUGUAAUAUCAGGCAGCACAUCCCCGUCGAUUCAUAUCGCUCCUCUCCCCUGUGUACGCUCCGUCGAGAUAACAGCAUUCUCCUUUGGCAAGGCUCAACUCCCCCGAACUCUACUCGACAUUGUCGAAAGUCUUGCGGCGUUUCCCACGCUUUCCGCCAUUUCUUUCGUCUUCAAACUCCGUCUCCUCCCGGGUUCAGUCAACGACCAGGUCGCAACAUGGGAUUUCCCGCCCCUUCCAGCGUUUUCUAUUGAAAAUUUUGCGAAAGAUGAUAUAUUCGAUGCCUUGCGUUUGGUUCGCUGCCGGCUGGUCAUAUAUCUUCCUCAGGAAACGCGCACUCGCAACGUCUCGCUGGACGCAUUGCUCAGUGGCUUUCGGGCUGCGGUCAAGCAAACUCGCCCACGUUAUUGCUCUUCCUAA